ACUUCUUACACAUCCCUCCCUAAAAAAAAAAAACAAACCCUUAUCUUUUCUUUCUCAUCCCAUAACAUAUCAAUUAGGGUUUCUUACAACACCAAUAUGGCUUGUAAUAGAAACACAUCCAUUGCUCUUUUCCUAGUUAUCAACAUUGUGUUCUUCACUCUUGCUAGUGCUUGUGGAACAUGCCCGAAACCGAAGCCCAAGCCUAAGCCGAAGCCAUGCCCGCCGACGCCGGCAGUCCCAACCCCAAGUACCCCUGGGGCUACUUGCCCUAGAGAUACCCUUAAAUUAGGUGUGUGUGCUGAUCUUCUUGGAUUGAUCAGCGCCACCAUCGGAAACCCUCCGAAAACGCCGUGCUGCACCUUGCUCGAGGGAUUGGCCGAUCUCGAGGCCGCCGUCUGCCUCUGCACUGCCCUCAAAGCCAAUGUUUUGGGAAUCAAUCUUAAUGUUCCGAUUUCUCUUAGCUUGCUCCUCAAUGUUUGCUCCAAAAAUAUCCCACAGGGCUUCCAAUGUGCUUGAGGGAAUUUGAAAUUCUUAGUUUGUUGCCAUUUAAUGGGAUUUGAUCAUCAUCUUGAUCGAUCUUUUGUUUUAGUGAAAUUUGGGAGUGAUUUCUUUUAUGUCAUUUUUUUUUUUUUUUUUUUUGGUUAAUUGUAUUUUUUAUUGUGCUUGGGGAUGUGCUUAAGUGGUCCAAAUGUACACUGCUUAUUGUGCAAGAGUGGCCCUAUGAGGACUCUAUAUUUUCUCCAAUAAAUGUCUGACUUUUUAUCUUUGCCA